UUAUUUAUAAAAACCAAAACGAGAAUUUUCUCGAAAAGAGUUGGUUAAACCUUUAUAUGAAAGUAAAGCUUCUGUUACAACACCAUUUAAGAAGGUCAGUAUUAUUCAGCAAGCACAUACUAUUUGUUCUUGCGUGCCGACAUGUCAGGUUCUGGCCAGCUCUGACAACUUAGAUAUGUAUGAAGUGAUAGUGUUAAAGGAAGGAUACUGUGUUUCCGAUGGACCAGGUUUGAUGAAAGCUGCAGGCACAAUAACCUUGCUGAAAGGUCCACAGAAUAUAAUGGUGGAUACAGGAAAUCCAUGGGACAAACAGUUAAUACUUGAUGGAUUAGAAAAGCAUGGUCUGAAACCAGAACAGAUUAGUUUUGUAGUCUGCAGUCAUGGCCAUGUAGACCAUGUUGGUAACAACAAUCUUUUUACUAAUGCAGUACACAUAGUGUGUUAUGAUGUAUGUGUUGGGGAGCAGUACAUGUUACAUCAUUUUGACAAGGGUAUACCCUAUGAGAUAGAUGACUUUGUAGAGGUAGUACCAACACCUGGACACACCGGAAAAGAUGUCUCAGUUAUCGUCAGGGAAACAGAAAAAGGCACUGUUGCUAUAACAGGAGAUUUAUUUGAAUGCUUUGAAGAUCUACGAGAGCCAAGUAUAUGGCAAGACAAUAGUGAAAACCCAGAAGAUCAAGAAGCAAAUCGUAUUGGCAUGUUACAAAUCGCAGACUAUAUCAUACCUGGUCAUGGACCAAUGUUUAAGGUCCCAGAAAGUUACAAGACUCAGAUGCAAGUAGUCUUUUAUGAAGAGUUUACUGCUAUAACGCCUACUGGUAUCAUUUCUGAGACAUCUGAAUACAUUGUGUGUGAUGACAUGGUUUAACAGCAAGAUGUGAUAAUGAUGAUCAAUAGCAUAAUCAUGAUCAAUGACACGAUUAAUCAUGAUCUGUAGCAUUAUUAUUCAUUCAUGUAAAGGUUAUGGUACUUUCAUUAUCGAACAUGUACUUAUUAUGCCUACACCUAAAUGAACAAUGUUAUUUGACAAUCUUCAGGGUUUGUGAGUUGAUUUACGCUUUGCUGAUAACACUAUAAGAUGGACCAGGCUGGCUAAAUAUAAUUUGCAUGGCUUUGGCAUUUGUUUUCAGCUGAAAGACAAAUAUAUAUAAAUUACUACAUUGUGUUCAUACUUUCUUUUCUGUUUUAUUGAGGACAUCUGCAAUUUGAAUAGAAUCAAUAGAGCUUUAAACAGGUCAUGAUUGACUAUUAGGUCAUGUACAAAUAUGAUGAUAUUGCAAGUAACAAAUUUCCUUAUCCUUUAUGAUUGCUUUCAGAACAAUUACAAAAUUCUAUCCACCUUAGUAUCAAAACACGGUAAUAACACCAUGAAAAAGCAACCAAAAUGGACAUUGAUUCAUAUUCAUACAAGCUUUGUGUCAAACCUACUUUCUAACGCAUUGGCGACAUAUACAAAAUUGAGGAGCAAGUGAUGAGAAUUAUUUUAAUAAGAUUGAAUAUAAGAUGUAUUUCAAAUCUCUAGAGAAGGGGAAAUAACUCUCUGACUUCUACUGAGGAUGGGUUUUUUUUUGUUAUUUGCUUGGUUUGUUAACAAGGUAGAUCACAAUGCCAGGUUUACCUUCAUUGUGAUUUAAAACAAUGCAAUAUUAUGACCAUGAAAUAGCAUACUGUGGAUUCAUUAAUAUUUGUUGGAUACCAAUUUUCGUGGAUUUCGUGGGUACAGAAGAACCACAAAUUUAAAUGUUCAACGAAUAACAAAUUUUCUAAAGGAAUGAGUGCAGACUUUUCCAAAACCAUGAAAUUAAGUAUCCACAAAUAUGUAAAUUUUCCUCAAACCAUGAAAAUUGGUACCCACGAAAAUAAAUGAAUCCACAGUAAUUUUCUAAGACUCUUCAUGCUCUUGUACACACAACAUUUAGUGUACCAAUUAAUUUUGAAUUUAUUUAAAUUACCUUUUUGUUAUUCAUGUCACUAAUAAUGAAAAAUAUUUAAGAUAAACACAAUUUUAUUUAGUAUUUUACAUCUCUGACUAUAAUUAAAUUGAUUGUUUACAUGCAUAUAUUUCCCACAUUUGCAACAUAUUGAAGGCUAAGCAAAUAUUAAGUCAUUAUACCACACAAAUUUCUUAUUUGCUAAUAUUUUACAGAUUACAGACCUAUAAAAAUAUUUCACUAUCCAUAUUUAAAAAAGAAAUGCAGGCGCCUUACAAUGUUUGUAAAGAUGUAACCUUUUUUUUUUGGCCAACAGAACUUUUGAAAACUAAUGAAAUUGGUGUCCUGAAAAAUAAUUCUGAUUGCCCAUUUGGUUUUAAUAUAACUGGUGUUGUCAGAUUUUUUUUAGAUUUAUGAGUCUGACUGUCCCUUAGGUAUCUUUCAUCCCUCUUUUACAGCAUUAUACACAGCAUAUUUGUUUACAUUGAGAAGCAGUAUCCAUGAAUAAAAUGUUCAGUUGUUUAGGAUGGGCAUAGAUGUCAUUUUAGUUAUGAUUGUUUGUACAUAAUUUGAUAGUGUUACAGUUUAUAUUAUACAGAAAUAAUUCAACUGUUUUAUGUUUAUGAUUUUUUUUCCCUUUGAAAAACAUACAGUAUUGUUAAGGAAGCUUAAAAAGCUUGACGGCCUUCUUGGUGCUCAAAAUGUUGGUAUAGAGUUAAUACAAAUGUUUUUGUGAGCCUAAAUUCUAAUUAAAUGCUUAGUAUUCAUUGAAAUAUAUAUUUGAUAGAGAUCUUAAUUGUCAUCUGAAUAUAAUUUUCAUAGAAAAUAACAUGGUAGAUAUUUCAAUUAAUUUGUAUUAUUUAUAUCAUGGUGCAUGUAGUGCUGAUUCAAUUAUUGUAGUGGGUACCAAUUUCUGUGGAUUGUGAAAAAUGUAUUUUUUUUGGUUUUACCAAACUUGUCACACAGCUUACAGAAAAUUUUCAUUUAGUCAAACAUUUAAAUUUGCGGUUCAAGAAUAAACAUUAAAAUUUGCGAUUCAAGAAUACUUACAAAAUCAACAGAAAUUGGUUACCCACUUAUAAUAAUGAAUCCACAGUAAUUCAUGUAUAAUUAAUCAUUCCACUUCUGUAUUCCAAACAUGACCAUAGCUAGUUUUCUAGUCUAUUCCGUUUUGAAUUUGGUCAUGUAUUUUCAGACAGAUUGUUUAAUUAUUGAUAUAUCUUAGAAGUUUGAUAUCUUUUUUUAAUACAUGUACCUACAUUGAAAACCUUUUCUACAGUUACACACUGCUGUUUUUAUUUUAUUACCUUCAGAUGUUUUGUAACUUGUUUCUUUUAUUUAUUCCAAAAAAAUACUUUUUUGCCUUAGAAACAGAUGCAUUAUAUAAUAACAUUGUGUUAAUUAUUGCCAUUUAUUAUUUUUGUAAUGCUAAAACUCAUUAAUUUUGAAAUAUAUUUUAAUUAUACCAACCCAUAAUUGAAAGAAAAUGGCUUAAAGUCUGAAUAUUUGAACCUUUAUCUGAAUAUCUGAAGUUGUAGUGCAAGUAACAAUUUUAAAGACAGAAGUGAUGAAAGAGGACAAACACCAUAAAUAUUAACUGAAUAAAAGUAGAAACUUUAGUUAAAAAAAUUGAAACAGAAACCUAACAGCAUAAUAAACAAUGAUAAAGCACAUAUUAAACAAAGUCUUAGGUUUAUUUUUGUUAUAAUUAUAUGGCAUAUAUCAUGCUGCACCCAGUGAAGCCUUCAUAGAUUGUUUUAUUCUAAACUGUGCCAUUUAUUGAAAAAUAUUAUGAAAACCUUUAGAUAUUCACCAAGUCUACAAAGUUAUCAAUUGCACCUUUUCUCUGCAUUGUACAUGGAUUGUUGAAAUUGGUUAUUUUACAUCUAAUGUAUUAAAUAUCUUCAUUUAUAGUAAUGAUCAAAGAGUAAGGACAAUUAUGAUUAAAAUGGAUGUGGUUUAGUGGAGGAUUGGAAGAAACUUACUAAAUUACAUCACUCCAAAAUGGUCCUAUUGUCGACUUGACCAAUAAAUAUUUAUGGGUGCCGAACCUGAAAAUAACAUUUGAUAUGGGUUUGCCAUUUUAAAAACAAAAUUCAGACAAAAAUGCAGUUUUACAGUCAUUUUGAAAUGACCCUACUUUAUUACUUACUCAUUACAAUCAAGGUUGAUUAGCUGUCAAAAAGUUGAAUAAUACUUGGAAAAGACCAACAUGCUUUGAGCAAUUUGCAUGGAAUAGACAAACAACCAACAUUAGGUCCAAACAAUUAGACUUCUCUUCCUACCCUCCCACAUUCAUCUUUCUGGGAUAGUCCUGAAUAUUACUUCCAUAUAUUUAUUUCAGGCUUAAUAAUAUACUGAUGCAAUAUUUAUUUUUUCAAUCAUGUAUUUGUUUUGAAGUGCUAAUGUUUACGAGUGAUUAAAAGUUCAUUAUGUUUUUCUUAUGUU